AUGGGCCGGCUAGUUCGUCUUGAACUGGAAAACUUUAAGUCUUACAAGGGCCAUCAGACUAUUGGGCCUUUUCUUAAUUUUACUUCAGUAAUAGGGCCGAACGGUGCAGGCAAGUCCAAUCUAAUGGACGCGAUAUCCUUUGUUCUGGGAAUCAAAUCCGCGCAACUACGUUCAUCACAACUACGCGAUCUUAUAUACAGAGGCCGGGCAAUGCAUGAAGAUGAUGACGAGGAUGGAGAUGUUACAGCUAUCGAAGGACGCGCCAAUAAUCCAAAGCGUGCAUGGGUUAUGGCUGUCUAUCAAGAUGACAAUGGAAACGAAAUCAAGUUUGCUCGAACGAUAACAACAUCAGGUCCAAGUGAAUACAAGAUUAACAAUAAAGUGGUGACAUAUCAAAAGUAUAAUGAAGCAUUGGAAAAACAAAAUAUUCUUGUGAAGGCUAGGAACUUUCUUGUCUUCCAGGGAGAUGUCGAAGCCGUUGCAUCACAAUCUCCGAAAGAUUUGACACGAUUAAUUGAGCAAAUCAGCGGAUCAGCAGAAUUAAAAGUCGAAUAUGAACAAUUGAAAGUACAGCAAGAGCGUGCGACAGAAAAUUCCGCAUUUAAUUUCAACAAAAAGCGCGGCAUCAAUGCUGAAAUUAAACAAUAUCAAGAACAGAGAGCAGAAGCAGAGAGAUUUGAACAAUUACAGAAUGAUAAGACCCAGCUCACCAUAAAAUAUUUGCUCUGGAGACUCUAUCACAUUGACAAGCAAAUAAAAGAGUCAAGAAAGGAAAUGAGUAGUCAGGGCGAAAAAAUUACUGCCAAACAAAAAGAACAGGAAAGGAUCGACCGACAGCUCAGAGAUGCGAGAGCAGAGCAGGCGAAAGUGCAUAGAACGCACUAUCAAUUGGAAAGGGACAUUUUGACGAAAGAAAGAGAGCUAGAAGAUAAGAGACCAGAACUACUAACAUUAGAAGAAAAAAUUAUUCAUUCGAAUAAGAAAAUAAAGCACUAUGAAGUAAAUGCUGAGAAGAUUGAUCAGGAUUAUAAAAAACAGACCCAGCAUGUCGACAAGCUAAAACGAGAUUUGGAAGAAAUCACUUCAGCGGCACGGAGAUAUGAAGGUGGAUAUCAGAUAUUAAAAGAAGAAGUUAAUCGGCAGAUGCUCAAAGAAAAACAGCAGUUAGAAAAUCUUAGACGUCAGCAGAAAACCAGCAGUGAAGCCACUCAACGUUUGAAAGAAAAGUUAUCCGAACUUUCUAGACGUCGUCAGCAAAUUAUGGAAGAAAAAGAUGCUUCACUUAACGCCAAGGAAAAGGUUGCAGGCUAUGUUGCCCAAUUGACUACAGAUCUCGAAAAUCAAAGAAAUGAUUUACAUAAUGUGGUUAAUGAGCGAAAUAGAAUAACCAAACGCGAGAGCGAGCUCAAUGCACAACUCCAUGUCAUUCUUAACCGUCUUAACGAUGCUCGAGUUGAUCAGCGGGAAUCUGAAAGAGAGGCUAGAAUGAAGGAAUCUCUGAACAGCCUGAAAAGGGUAUUUAGUGGUGUAUAUGGUCGCUUUAUUGACCUUUGCCAGCCAACUCAGCGCAAGUACGAAGUUGCCACUUCUAUAAUACUUGGAAGGAACAUGGACGCUAUUAUAGUAGCUACCGAGAAAACUGCCAUUGAAUGCAUUCAAUACAUGAGAGAGCAACGCCUUGGCCAUGCGACUUUUAUUCCACUCGACACAAUAGCUGUCAGGCCGAUCAACGAUAAAUAUCGUAGCCUGAUGAAAGGUGCAAGAUUGGCGAUUGAUGUUAUUGAAUACCCAGAUGAGCUUGAGCGUGCUUUACAGUAUGCAUGUGGAAAUACUCUUGUUUGCGACGAUUUGGAGAUAGCAAAGGCUAUUUGCUAUGGUAGGAACCAAGAAGUAAAAGCUGUAACUUUGGAUGGUACUAUUAUUCAUAAGAGCGGUUUGAUCACUGGCGGUAGAAGCGGUAUCGAAGCAGGUGCACAAAGGUUUAAGGAGCAGGAAGUAGAUGCAUUACGACGCAAAAGGGAUGCAUUCCUGGCUCAACUUAACGAGAUAACCAAGCUUAGGCGAAAGGGCCAUUCAGAAGAACAAAUGAAAGGCGAAAUAUCAGCAGCUGAGCAGAAAUUAUCUCUAUUCCGUGAUGAUCUGGAUAAUAUUGUCCGUAAACUGGCAUCAUUAGAAAGCGAACUACGUAUUAUUGAGGACGAGAUUUUACAAGUUACCCCUAAACAUCAACAAUCCCAAGUUACUUUAACACAGUUAGAGAACCAAAUACAGACCAUCGAAAAAGCCAUUCACAGUGAAGAGGAUGCGAUUUUUGCUGAUUUUUGCAAAAAGAUCAGCGUGGGAAACAUCAGAGAAUAUGAGCAACGACAGCUCAAAAUGGCUCAGGAAGCCGCUGAAAUGAGAUUGCGGUUUACUACACAGCAGUCUCGAUAUCAAAAUCUUUUAACAUUCGAGACUGAACAGCUGAAGGAGACUGCAGAUCGUCUUCAAAAAAUACGAGAAUUUAUGUCUAACGAUAAAAAGUUGUUGGCGAAUUUUGAGCGACGGCGUAACACAAUGCUUGCUGAUAACGAGCGUGUUAAUAACGAAAUUGCAGAACUUCGUCACGAUCUUGAUCGGACAAAGGAAGAAUACGAAACCAAGAGUGAAAUAGUGAAUAAUUUGAGAAAAGAGUUAGCUCAGAAAACGAGAGAAGUGGAUAAAAUGUUGAAAGACAUUUCCAAUAGGGAAGCCGAUGUCAAGAAAUGUAGCACAGAUCAGUUCUUUAUAUUUCGUAAAUGUAAAUUGGAAGACAUUGAUAUACCUUUGCUCUCGGGUUCUAUUGAAAAUAUUCCAUUGGAAGACUCUUCUUUACAAGACGGUGACCCAAUGGAUUUAGAUGAUGGCCAACCAUCCGGCAGUCGAGCUAAUACUAGAUCUGCGGCACGAGCUGCUCGAGGUGAGACCAAUUGGAAUGUCGAGGUUGACUAUUCUGGGUUGGAUCGAGAACAGAAGGAGGAUGAUUCACCUGAAACGGAGCAAAAGUUUUUGAAGGAUAUACAAGAGAAGGCGACCGAGAUAGAGCGAGUUGCACCUAAUUUAAAGGCUAUUGAACGGUUGGAUGGAGUGGAACAGCGUCUACAUGAGACAGAAAGAGAAUUUGAUAGUGCAAGAAGAGAAGCGAAAACUGCAAAGGAAAAAUUUAAUGCUAUAAAGCAAAAACGUCAUAUUGCUGAGCGCAUUGACCAAAUAUACAAAGAUCUCACUAAAAGCCGUAACUUCCCUCUUGGGGGGACGGCUUAUCUUAGUUUGGAAGAUACAGAGGAGCCGUAUCUUGAUGGUGUAAAAUACCACGCAAUGCCACCGAUGAAACGUUUCCGUGAUAUGGAACAGUUGUCUGGCGGUGAGAAGACGAUGGCGGCCCUUGCAUUGCUCUUCGCCAUUCACAGUUAUCAGCCGUCGCCGUUCUUUGUGUUAGAUGAGGUCGACGCUGCUUUGGAUAAUACCAAUGUUGCUAAGAUAGCUAAUUAUAUUCGAGAGCACGCGUCGGACACGUUUCAGUUCAUUGUCAUUUCACUAAAGAGUACAUUGUAUGAGAAAGCGCAGGCGCUAGUUGGGAUUUAUAGAGAUCAGGAUGUUAACAGUAGCAGAACACUUACAUUGCAGUUGGAUAAGUAUGAAGAAUAG